AUUAAAAAAACCUCUGAGAGCGACCAAAUUAAUCGGAAGAGGAGAUAGGUUUCGUGAAAGACAUGGCAGAGAAGAAGGGUGCUGUGCCACCGGACUACGAUGUCAAUGCUAAAUGGGACGCAUGUCUCGAUCUCACCGUCCGCCGCUUCGUUUACUCUUCCCUCGGCGGCGCAUUCGCCGGUCUUCUUUUCUUCAGGAGUCCUGUUACAAGAUGGGCAUCGAUAGCUUUGGGUGCUGGAAUUGGUAUUGGCUCUGCUUACACUGACUGCUCUCGUGCUUUUGACGCACCUUCUUCAUCUUCACCCAAUUUAGCAUCUCCCAAGACUACUCCAAAGACUUCUGUUUCUCAGGGAGCGGACGAGUAGCCAAUGACUAUAAACUGGAAGCUACUAAUGCAUGCAAAGAUCAGGGUAUCAAGAAACAGAGCUUUUGAAUCACGCAAUGAUUGUUGAAUUGUUUCCUUAAACCUGCAAGGACAAGUCAUUUAAGAUAGUGUCGCCUGUAAAAACCUCUUUUUUUUGUGCUAUCAUUCACUCACGGUGGUUUUAAACUACUACUAAAUUCAAAAUGUUACAUCAAGUCACGCCAACCUCAAUAACAGCAAGGUUUGUUACUCUGA